CACACAUGACAGUACACGGCUGUGUCUUCUGCUGGGCCUAUGCCGUUCUCUGUGUUUCAGUGUAGGUAAAAAAUGAUGCUCAGAUUACUUCUGCAGCUCUUGUUCCUGCUGAGAAAAUGUGACGUUAACGACUGCUAUGUGCCUCUCAAGAGGAAGCGUACGCUGGACAGGAAAGACCUGAACAAGCACCAAUGAAAAUACAAGUUCAGCUAAGAUGUCAGCAAUGGCUUUCAGACAGAGGACACACAGAAAGAGAAGAGCAGAAAGAAAAUAGCAGUAGUACCGAAUGCAGCGAAAUAGGAAUCAUGGAUCUGAAAUUUACUUCAUCAAGAAAAUACAUUUCCAUCAGUGUGCCUUCCAAAUCUCAAACUAUGUCUCCUCAUAUCAAAUCAGUAGAUGAUGUUGUAGUUCUUGGAAUGAAUCUCAGCAAAUUUAACAAACCUACUCAAUUUUUCAUCUGUGUUUCUGGAGUGUUUAUGUUUUAUCUCAUCUAUGGAUAUUUACAGGAAUUGAUAUUUUCAGUGGAAGGUUUUAAACCUUUUGGUUGGUACCUCACUUUAGUGCAAUUUGGAUUUUAUUCCAUUUUCGGACUAAUAGAAUUGCAGUUGAUUCAGGACAAAAGGAGAAGAAUUCCUGGGAAAACCUACAUGAUAAUAGCGUUUUUAACAGUGGGAACUAUGGGUUUGUCAAAUACCUCUUUAGGAUAUCUGAAUUACCCUACUCAAGUCAUCUUCAAGUGCUGUAAGCUGAUUCCAGUAAUGAUAGGCGGGGUUUUUAUACAAGGAAAACGUUAUAAUAUUGCAGAUGUGUCUGCAGCCCUAUGUAUGAGCCUUGGAUUAAUAUGGUUUACUUUAGCUGACAGCACAGUUGCACCAAACUUCAACUUGACAGGUGUGGUCCUAAUAUCCCUUGCCCUCUGCGCAGAUGCAGUUAUAGGAAAUGUACAGGAAAAAGCUAUGAAGUUGCACAAUGGUUCUAAUUCAGAAAUGGUUUUGUAUUCCUAUUCAAUAGGUUUUGUGUAUAUUUUAUUUGGAUUAACAUGCACUAGUGGAUUAAGCCCUGCAGUAACAUUUUGCUCAAAGCAUCCAGUUCAGACGUACGGUUAUGCAUUCCUUUUCUCCCUGACUGGUUAUUUUGGCAUAUCCUUUGUUCUAGCUUUGAUUAAAAUCUUUGGUGCCCUUCUGGCUGUAACAGUAACAACAGGAAGAAAAGCAAUGACCAUUGUGCUUUCUUUUUUGUUCUUUGCAAAGCCGUUCACAUUCCAGUACGUGUGGUCAGGCUUACUGGUUGUCCUUGGUAUAUUUCUUAAUGUUUACAGUAAGAAUAUGGAUAAAAUCAAACUACCUUCACUGGAUGGUCUUUGGAAAAAAAGUGUGGAAGAAAGAAAAACAAGGACGUUGUCACAAACUGUAUAGACAGUGCUUUGUGCUUCGUCUAGACUAUGACUUAUUAUUUUAUUGGAACAGUCUUCAACUGAUUCACUUUCCAAAGGGAACAUUAUUAAAACCAAAGGAGCUGAAGGCAUAUUGUCUGCUUGCAGACUGCUAGAAAUGCACAUUUUUGUGAGCCCUUUCUUCAGAGCACUUGAAUUCAUCGUAAAAGGUGUUGUGGGCCAUUGUCAGAUGGCAUUAUCAGGCAAUGAAGGACAGCAGCUCCUGGCAGACUGCUGAGAAGCUGCACUCCAAAUGGGGACACAGUAGAAGACUAAUUUGGGCAUUUGAAUAAUAUUGGCCGUGCGGCUGAUCUAAGAUUAGUGAUUCUUUGUCUUUGUUAAUUGUCGAGGCAGGAUAAUUUAAAUGUAAUACUGUAUUAACGUUUAAUGGAACCUAAUCAGCAACUGGUUGACCAAACUGCGAUUUUAAAGGUGGAAUGUUUAGAAUAUGGUAUGUUGUCACUCUUUUUCAUUUCAAAUAAAAAAUGUUGGGUUUUUUUUAAGUUAUUGAUUAGAUCAUCACAGAACUUGAUGUUUAUUGUAAUGAUUGAAAUUUUUAUGGAAAUCUUACGGUGUUACUCUUCUUGAUUAUUGCUUGCAAGUAACAAAAAUGAGAUUGAGUUUGUGCUUUUAGAAGGGGGGAACAGUCUUUUAGACCUGAACAGGGUGAGAACAGAGAAUGAAAAAGUUGUGAUUGGAACAGUGGUGUGAGUAGCUGUUAUUUGCUUAUUCUCUGGUGAAAUACAAAAUUCCUAGUGACCUGUGGCCAUCCAUAUCAUAGUGGUGUAGAGAGACGUGGAAGCCCUCUAAAUUGGUAUCAUCAAAUCAAAAAUCUUUAUUUUCAAUAUUGGAGUAAAGAAUAACAGCAACUGUUAAUCUAUUUGGAAUAUGUAUUGCGUCAGUCUCUGUGUGGUCCCGUGAUGAACUUAAGAGGAUUAGGGUACAGAUUACAAUUUUCUUUAUUUAAUGACAGGGGAGACAAUAUACUACCAGUCUGUCUUUUUUGUCAUAAAUUUAGGAAGACUUAAGUCCAUUUAUCUCUCUCACUUUCAUAUUCAACUCACUUUUGAAUCACUUGCCAUCUCUUUCAUGUUAUAUAUUUAAUAAUAGCACUUCAAAAAUACUAAUCACCUUAACAGUUCGUUCUUUGCAUGUGGCCAUGAUUUUUUUGUCGCUGUUGUUGUGUCCCUUAGAUGCAUCUUGGUGUGUGUUCUUUCAAAUUAGACAGAAGUAAAUUGGAUCAUGGAAUUGUAUAGUCAGGAAGAAUGUACAAGGAAUUGAAAUAUCUCACAGGAUUGCCUUCUGCCAAAAAUAAUAGUUUAUGAAAGUAUUCAAGAUGUGCAAAAUGUUUUUCAGACAUUGAGGAAGAAUUGCUGUUCCAAGGAGCGUGUAAUCAAAGCACAGACACAAAAUGUGCCUUAAAUUUUGCUUAUUGAGUUGGUAGCUAGCAUAUGCCAUGUUAAGUUUGUUAUAAAAUAGAACACGGGGUAGCACAGCCAUCUUAGCACGAUGAGACCAAUAUGUGGAGUGGAGAGCUGCACUAACGUAAGUGCACCGUUUCCAGCACUUCAAGCUACUCUGGUGUGUCAGCAAAGCCUUUCAACCCAUAUACGCCCAGUGUUGCCAAGUUAUGAGAAUUUAUUGCAUGUGACAGUUUUGUUUUUUUAAAUUCCCAGCUGACGUAUGAUUGAUUGUUUCCUGGAUAAGGUAGAGAGGUGUGAAUUUGACAAACAGAUGCACCUUGAAAGAGAAGGGUGGCCUGCCAUGGCUAUCUGCUUUCACAUUGAAGCCAAAGUCUUAUGACAAGAUAUGAAAAAGGGUUACAAUUUCAAAUUUGAUGCAAGAGUGCAUUUGACUAAGUCAAGGGGAUUGAUACACUUUUCUUUCCCCGUUAUGUUUAUCAACUCUUAUAUUCCCUUACAUUCUUUUCACUAAGAGAAGUUGCUCUUUCCAGUGAGGUUAAGUUACCAAUCAAGCUUAAAAGAGGGGCAUUUUUUUGAACCUUUUGAAACAAAAGUAGUUACAGAACAUUUACUGGCUUGGGGGAAUUCGGUAAGUCUCAGUUUUGCCAUCUGUAAACUCUGUUGCUAAACAUUGAACUUCAGGAAACCAAAUUAUGUGAAAGAUACCAUACAUCUGUAAAGUCAUAGUAAAUAUAAUUUGUUUGGCAUCUGUUUUAGAUAAAUAGACGAAAAGUCAAUCCCAAAGUUUCUGGCUAGAAUUUGAAUGUAGUAUGUAGGUUGCUGAACAGUUUAUGAAAUCCAGUUUUGCUUUUAUUUUCUCUCUUUGGAGAGUGUAAUGUUCACAAUAAUUUACGUUUUAAUUUAUUCUCUGUUGUACACAAGACAGAUAAUGAAGCACACAUUAGGGGAAGAUUUGAUUUAUUUUCUUAUUCUUUUUCUUAACUAUGGAAAUUAAGCUUUGUUUUAAAGGUGUACUUUAAAAAUGAUUUUUGUAGACAAAUGAAUAUUGUAGGUUUAGUGUCAAUAGCACGAAUUUAAGGGUCAGAUUUUUAUUUUCUUAGGGGUAGUCUAGUACUUGAUAAACAGCAAUAUGUAAGCGUGUUAACAAAAAUGCACGCACAAGUGAGAGUAGUUCAUAAUUUGUCACCUGUCACAGUCUGUGCAGUUUAAUACUUUCAUUAAGAUGUUAAGAAAACCUUCGUUUCAGGGAACUGCUGUUUGUGGAGUUUUUUUAAAUAAGCUUUAUAGCACACGCAAGUGAGAGAACCUUACAAACCUUCGAGUAUUCUUAUUACAAAAUUUUGUUUUAGGAUCUUCUGUACUAUAUACGUGUGUUGGUUUUAUGUUGUCUAUGAAACAAGAAUAAGGGCUUUUCGACAAGGUAACUGUAACUUCUUUAUUUUUCAUGUAAGAGCGCUUAUAUUGGUAUGUUGGUUAACCCUUCCUAAUGUUGCUGUGUAGACUGAUCGUAAUAACUCUUGCAUUUUAUAGUCAUUGUCUCCUGGACACUUUACAGGAGGCAACCACAGAAAAAACACCCAUUUAUUCCGUCACUAUAAAAUUUAUUAUCUAAAUAUAAUGUGAAUUAGUUGCUGCUUAAGCUACACAACUUUCUCCUCUCCCCAAAAAACUGUGGUAUACGAAUUAGUUAUAACGGGAUUGAAGUUAACACUAAAAUUUAAGGCUGCCCAAGGUCUCCAUUGAUGUCAGCAACCUACCUCUGUGACACCCUCACCUUCGGAGGACUGAGGGAGCUCUGCUUCCCUAAAUUAGUAUGCAUUUGCAGUUGCUUUCACAUUACAUUUUUGCACUUAUUUGGCAUACUUGAAUACCAACGUAAUUGACUGUGUAGUGGAUUUCUUCAGUAUUUCAGUACAUCGGUAUCAUCAAACUGCUAAUUAUUUAGGUACCUGUAUGUGAAUACAAGUGUGGAAAAACUAAUGCUCUGAAACACCCCCUAAACCUACAGUGUUUCCUAAAACUUCAUUAAACAGUAUUUCCUAA